UGUGUAUAGACACUGUGUGUUAUACUGUUUAUAUACAUUGUAUAUACUGUACAUGUGUGUUUGAACUUAGUUUUAUUAAUAUGGGAAAUGUCCUUACUUGUGAAUCCCACACUCGGUUUUGAGGGUUUGGGUUUGAGAAACGUCACAACACGCAUCACAAAUCACUGACCCAGGGUUCGUCUCUAAAUAAAUCCUCCAGAGAAUAUAAAGAUAUGUAUAUAUGGCAUUUAAUAUCCCACCAUAUAAUCUAUUGUUCAGUGUAACUUCCAUGUCAGUCAAUUUCUCAUAACAAUUAAUAACAGAAAGAUGUAGAAAAUACAUGAAGUCGCAAUAAAUAAGCAAACAGUAGAUGAAGAUAUGAAGGUUGCACUGGAGAACUCGGUUCAAACAGACGCAGUGUCUCCUGAAAUAUGAAUCUGGUUAGAGUUAAGGUGAUUUUAAACCAGGACACAUAUAGAGCAGAUGAUGAUGAUGAUUAUGAUGAUGAUGAUGAACAUUCAGAAUCACAGAGCACAAACAUCUGAGUAAGCGUCUUUUAUUUGCAAAAAAGUGUGUGGUUUGUGUUGAUUUGGUGAUUCUGUGACUCAUUUAAACCCUCUGAGACACUCACAUCAUCCAGAGGAUCUGAACUGUAACAGGGUCGUUUGUGAAAAUGAACCAGACAUGUGAUGUAGUCCCAUUACAUCUUGUCCAUCUGAUUCUCUCUGUGUAAUCAGAGUUAAUAUCGGAUGUCUCGUUCGGAGACAGAAGCCAUGGACGUCCAGCAGGAGGGCGGAAAGGAUCGAACCCACAAGAACCCUCUGAUCCAGGCUGAAGGCAAAGUGGAGACACAAGCCAUCACACAACAGUCAGAUCCUGGAUCAGCAAACCUUCCGUGUGCCAAUGGAACGGUUACGGGGGAAGUAAUGACUCUUUAACAGACAUCGUAAUCACGAAUGAGGAUGCUUUACUGCUUCCAGACCAUGUGCCAGUGAUGGUGCACCAACUGGACAAAGAGACUCCUAGCCCUCUCAAUGGCCUCUCUCCUCCAGACACAGUGUCUAACAAACCCCGGCCUGUUUGUACACCACCUGCUCCGUCUACAGGUCAAAGGGCAACUGAUUCUGCCCACAUGCCCAAGUCCAACGGGCAUAACAACCCCCACAAAAAGCUUCCCUCCACCUCCAAGAGCCAGCAGAGUUUGAAAACGAGUGCUACUCAGAUCCAGGAAGCCGCUGGUGAUGACUGCUGCGUGCACUGUAUCCUGGCCUGUCUGUUCUGCGAGCUGCUGCCCAUGUGCUCGGCCGUGGCUCAGUGUCUGGCGUGCGGAACGGAAUGUGACGCUCUGUGCUGCUGUGGCGAGGCGUGCGGAGGCCUGGCAUGUUGCUCUGGUGACCCCUGCACCGCUCUGAUGGACUGUGCCAUCAUGGAGGACUGCUGCCAAUCAUCCGAUUGCCUGGAGAUCUGUCUGGAGUGCUGCUCUAUCUGCUACCCAACUUAAACUGCUGCGAAAAUGACGCCGACGUUAGUGCACUUACACAGACGAUCUGGAAUGCGGCAUCACACCAGCGUGUCGCGUGAAGGUUUGUUAUGGAGGUCGCAUGCCGUGUUUAUACUGUAGGCCAGUGAGAGGACUGAGAUCAUGGUGUUGAUACUGUGUGAGAAAUGAAUCACUGAAUUUCAAAUCACACACACAAAGCAAAGACGAUGAGGGCAAAGUGUGGAGUAUUAAAGGAUGUGAAACCUACUGUAUUUAAGGAAUUCAUAUUCAUAAGCAUGGCUACUACCGGAUAGUCUUCAAUGUUCAUUGCUGUGUUUUAUUUUUUUCUCUUUCCUUGGGCGGGUCUGCUUUUUCAUGUGGAGCACAUUUGCACUUGCCCACAACUGGAAUCUCUAUUUAAGUUUGUAAGAUCAUGGUCAAAACAAAUAAUCCUACAAUCGCUCUUUCGUUUCAUUAUUACCAGAGAUCUGAUGAUGCUUCAUAUGAACUGUUUCGUUUUUGUUUUUUCUGAAAUGAUAUAUGCACUCUAAUCCGUCCGAGCACUUCGUCAGCUCCUUAAGUUAUGAUUUGAUGUGACCUUUUUUUUUUCAUUUUGCAUACGAAGUUAAAAAGGCUUUUGUUUUCAUAAUUAUGCCUCCUUUUUUUUUUUUUUUUUUUUUUUACUUCAUUAACUCUGAACACUGAAACGGAAUAAUCAUCACAUCUACGUGUUCAUUCUAUAUCCAGACUGACACAUUUAAUUUGUGAGUAUUACACUUUCAGUGCAGAUCAUCAGUAAGCUUGGUGAAACUAGUGUCAAAAUAGCCUGGAAUCAAGAGACUGCAUAUUCAUCUGCACGUGUAGAAUUUCACAGGCGUCCUCAAGCCCAUUACGCCCUGAAGUGGGUUCAGGUUUGGGCAUUGGGCACUGCACUGCAUAGAGAAAAAAAACAAAAGUCGUUAUGAAGGUUGAGGCAAAAAUGCCUCUGGGGAAGUGGUAUAUAUUGUUGUUUAAGACUCUGGGUUACUGAUCGGAAUGUGUGAGGUUUAAUCCCCAGUAUUGCCAAGCUGCCAAUUUCGGGCCCCUGAGCAUGGCCCUUAAUCCUCUGCGCUGUAUCAUGGCUAUCAUGUGCUUGGACCCCAGCUUUUUAACAUCACUGGGGUAUGAGAAGAAAGAAUUUCGCUGUAAUGUACAUGUGACAAGUAUAUAGCUUCUUUCUUUCUUUUUUUUCGUUCAUUCGUUCUUUUCUUUACUCUGCAAUGAAGUUCCAAGUGAAGCUUCAUUAACAAACCCAAAAAAAAAAAAAAAAUGCACAGGAGUUCAGAGAAGCGAUUAUUCAGAACAUGAUACUACUGAUCAGAAAAGCAUCUCUUGUUUACCUGUAAAAUAUUUACCUUCCCACUGUGUGUUCAUUUGCUCUAAAUAAUGUAAAGAACCAGAUCUCUGUGAGGAGCAUCAGUCAGGGAUUUGAGGACAUUAGGUCCCAUUCCUUUGCCUAAAGUUACAGUUUUUCUCAGUAGCUUUAGAUCGUUUCUAAGAUCAGAAAUGAAAUUCUCGAAACUUUUCUUGUUGCUUUGAUCAAAUCGCGAACGCUUUGGUACAUCAUUUAAUGGAUUGUGUACGAGUGUCUGCUGUUUCCUACAGUAUCAGUUGUUUAUGUUCAUGUUGAUCAAAAUACAUUAUACUGGUUUGACCUGAAUAGUUUUAACCCCCAAAAACAUCUCAGCAUCAGUUCAUUGUGUACGUCAUUGAACGCAAAAUGUUUAAACCAGUUUUCAGAAUCUGUCAAAAUAAAAUUUCUAUCAAACAUA